AUGGUACUUGCGGAAUUAAUUGGGAUUUUUAUCAUUGCCUUGAGCAUUAUAUAUAUUUAUUAUAAGUAUGUAAUUUUCAAUUUUUGGUACAAGAAAGGUGUUUUUUAUGUUAAACCUACCGUACCAACUGGAAAUGUUUCAUCAUUUAUUACUGGAAAAAUACAAAUAGGUGUAUUUUUGCGUGAUCUAUACAUGAAAUAUAAGGAUCAUCGGGUUUUUGGAAUUUAUGCAUUUUUUAAACCCAUCUUGGUGAUUGCCGACUUGGAUCUUAUUCGAACGGUAUUAACAAAAGAAUUUACAAGUUUCCAUGAUCGUGGGAUGUAUACCAACGAAAAUAUUGAUCCAUUGUCUGCCAAUUUAUUUUUUUUACCUGGAAAAAAAUGGCGAAAGUUACGUGCCAAAAUAACACCUACUUUUACUACGGGAAGAAUAAAGCAGAUGUUUCCGAUCUUGAAGAAAUGUAGCGGAAAACUUUUAAAGAAUCUAGAAAGUAAAGCACAGAUGGGAGAAUCCAUCGAGAUAAAAAAUAUAUUAGCAAGGUAUUCAAUAGAUGUAAUUAUGUCAACUGCUUUUGGUAUCGAAUCCAACUGCAUUCAGGAUCUAUCUAGCGAUUACUUUGUCCAGGGAAAAAAAAUUUUUAAGCUAAAUCCAAUUUGGAUUGCUUUGUUAAUGUUCAUGCCAAAAAUUAUGGACCUUUUUUCUAUCCCACUCAUUGACAAAUGUAUCUCCAAUUUUUAUAUAAAUGUGUUCAGAGAGAAUGUAAAAUAUAGGCAAACUCAUAAUAUUAUUAAAAAUGAUUUUAUGAAUCUACUCAUACAACUAAUGGAAAAAGGUUACAUUGACGAUGACGAUAAUGAAACUAUCAAUAUGUCAGGAACCACAAAGAAGAUCACCAUGUUGGAAGCUGCUGCGCAAAGUUUUGUUUUUAUCGCAGCUGGUUUUGAAAGCUCCUCGACGACCGCGACAUUCGCUUUAUAUGAAUUAGCUCAACAUCAAGAUAUACAAGAUAAAGUUCGCGAGGAAAUUGACGAAAUAUUGAAAAAGCAUAACGAUCUGUCUUACGACGCAAUGAACGAAAUGAUAUAUCUGCAUAAAAUAAUAAAUGAAACUAUGAGAAAAUAUCCACCUCUUCCAAUGAUGAAUCGUGUUUGUACCGAGGAAUUAGACUUACCGACGACAAAUAUUCGUGUGCCAAAGGGGACAUUAAUUACUGUACCGGUGCUUGGACUGCAUCGAGAUCCAUCUAUAUAUCCGGACCCAGAUAAAUUUGAUCCUGAACGAUUCAAUAAGGACGAGAUAGCAAAGAGACAUCCGUACGCAUAUUUACCAUUCGGGGAAGGCCCACGAAAAUGCAUUGGUGAACGAUUUGGGUAUGCACAAGUAAAAGUCGUACUGAUUUGUCUUCUGGCCAAAUACAGAUUCAAAUUUCAUUCCCGGACUAGGGUCCCACUUUGUUUUAACGAAAGAAGUGCCGGUCUUACAGUAAGAGGCCAUGUACACCUUAUUAUUGAGCAACGAUAAAAUAACUCGUGGUCAAAUUAAUUUCUUGUUUGAAUAUUUCAUACAUAUUUUAUACGUAUUUUAAAGUAGUUUUCUAAAUAUUUAUUCGUUAUCAAAUAUAUUAUCAUUUUGAAUACAAUAACUUAAACAGAGA